UUUUGAUUCGAUUUUGAUGUUCAUCGGAGAGAACCCUUGAUUUUGUUUCUGUAGUUUAUAGAGAUUUUACCCAUUUUGUGGAAUUUGGGGGAUUUAUGAUGAUGGGUAGGUUAGUAUUUGUAAUUUGGCUGUGGAAUUGUCUCUGUUGUUUGCUGCUACUGUGUACCUUGAUCGAUGCGAAUCAAGCCAACGUAGAUUGCUUGAGGACCUUUAAAUCUCAAGUUGAGGAUCCAAAUGGAUAUUUAUCGAGUUGGGUUUUUGGCAACGAGACUGCUGGUUAUAUCUGCAAGUUCAGUGGUGUGACUUGUUGGCAUGAUGAUGAGAAUAGGGUUUUGAGUAUUAAGCUCUCUGGUUAUGGUCUUAGAGGAGUGUUUCCUCUUGGGAUUAAGCAAUGUUCUGACUUGACUGGUCUAGAGCUUUCUAGAAACAACUUUUCUGGACCUUUACCAUCCAAUCUUACUGAUGUGAUUCCACUUGUUACUACUUUGGACCUCUCCUUCAAUAGUUUCUCUGGUGAAAUCCCUGUUAGUAUCUCAAACAUUACCUUCUUGAACUCUCUUAUGCUUCAGAAUAACCGGUUCACUGGUACUCUUCCUCCCGAGCUAGUGCUGCUUGGACGGCUCAAAACGUUCUCUGUGGCUAACAAUCUUCUCGUUGGUCCUAUCCCUAAUUUCAACCAAACCUUGAAAUUUGGGGCGGAGAACUUUGAUAAUAACCCGGGAUUGUGUGGUAAGCCUCUGGAUGAUUGUAAGAGUGCUUCUAGCUCUCGUGGUAAAGUUGUUAUUAUAGCGGCAGUUGGUGGAUUGACUGCGGCAGCAUUAGUCGUUGGGGUUGUUUUGUUCUUCUAUUUCCGUAAAUUGGGUGUUGUUCGGAAGAAGCAGGAUGAUCCUGAAGGAAACAGAUGGGCAAAGAGCUUGAAAGGACAGAAAGGCGUCAAGGUUUUCAUGUUUAAGAACUCGGUUUCAAAGAUGAAAUUAAGCGAUCUUAUGAAGGCAACAGAGGAAUUCAAGAAAGAUAAUAUCAUUGCAACAGGAAGAACAGGAACUAUGUACAAAGGUAGGCUUGAAGACGGGACUCCGCUUAUGAUAAAGAGGUUGCAGGAUUCUCAACGCUCUGAGAAAGAGUUUGACGCAGAGAUGAAGACUUUGGGCUCCGUCAAAAACAGAAACUUAGUCCCUCUCUUGGGCUAUUGUGUUGCGAAUAAGGAGAGGCUUCUAAUGUACGAGUACAUGGCAAACGGAUACCUUUAUGAUCAGUUACAUCCUGCAGAUGAAGAAUCCUUCAAGCCCUUGGAUUGGCCUUCAAGGCUGAAAAUCGCGAUUGGGACGGCAAAAGGAUUGGCGUGGCUUCAUCACAGCUGCAACCCGAGAAUCAUCCAUCGCAACAUAAGCUCAAAAUGCAUAUUGUUGACUGCAGAAUUCGAGCCCAAGAUCUCGGAUUUCGGCCUGGCUAGGCUGAUGAACCCAAUUGAUACCCAUUUAAGCACAUUCGUCAAUGGAGAAUUUGGGGAUUUCGGUUAUGUUGCUCCCGAGUAUUCAAGAACCAUGGUCGCAACUCCGAAAGGAGAUGUUUACAGCUUCGGGGUUGUGCUUCUAGAGCUAGUAACGGGUCAAAAAGCAACGAGUGUGACAAAAGUAUCUGAAGAAGCCGAGGAAGAAAGCUUCAAGGGUAACCUUGUGGAAUGGAUUACAAAGCUAUCAAGUGAAUCAAAACUGCAAGAAGCAAUCGACAGGUCCUUACUCGGGAACGGUGUGGAUGAUGAGAUCUUCAAAGUGCUUAAAGUAGCAUGCAACUGUGUUCUACCGGAAAUAGCAAAGCAGAGACCAACCAUGUUUGAAGUCUAUCAGCUCCUGAGAGCAAUUGGAGAGAGCUACAACUUCACCGCUGAUGAUGAUAUCUUAAUCCCUUCUGAAUCAGGUGAAGGUGAUUUCAUCGAAGAGCUCAUAGUUGCUCGCUGAUCAAGAGGAAGGGUAGGACUUGUGAAACAAACAUCUCUAGUCGUAGCAGUCCAAAGAUAUAUAUAAUGUAUAAGUAAGUAUUGUUUUUAUUUUAUUUUUGGGUUCUCGUGGUCGAUGGUGUGUUGUAAUAUGAUAUAUUGUUAGAUGCACUCUCUUAUUACUAUGUACUGAGCUUUGGGUGUGUAGUACAGUCACUGGUUUGGUUUUGCCACUGCGUCUUUGCUGCUUCUUAAAAUUUUUGCAGCAAUAAUUUGGUUGAAAAGAUCGGUGAAUAAAUUUUUGUGGAUUGG